AUGGAAACGCCGAGGGAUUUCUUAUGUCCAAUAUCGCUUGCCGUUAUGGAAAUGCCUGUUAUAUUAAUCGAAGAUGGUCGUAGUUACGAAAAGUGUCAAAUAGAACGUUGGUUAAGUACUAAUAAUACAUCUCCCAUGACAGAGUUUCGCGAAAAACAAGAAAAAGCACAGCAUUGUGAAUUACUCUCACGUGAAUUAGUUAUUAAGCCUGGAGGAUUGCCAGAAGAGUUCCAAGACAAGAAAUAUCCUCAAUUGCGGAUUAAAAUAUGUAUGUUGGGUGAUAGAAGCGUAGGUAAAACAACGAUUGUCCGAUAUUUACAAUUUCCAACUCGGUUUCGGAAAGAUCAAUAUAGCACUACUAUAGGUCCUGAUAUGAUAGCGCUGCAUCUGGAUGAUUUAUUCCAAGAACGGUAUGCCGUUUCCAUCACAGUUGUCGAUCUACCAGGUAACAUGAGAUACACUAACGUUUGGACAGAUCAAUAUAGAUGUCAUGGUGCAAUAUUUGUUUGUGAUGUAAGCCAACCGGAAACGUUGAAAGAUGUAAUAGAUGGAUGGUAUCCUAAAUUCAAACAACAUCACUCUACUGGGUGCCAAUCGGUACUUCUGUGUCAUAAAACUGAUCUAUCUGAAGAUCCGGAAGAUCAAAUAUUCAAAGACGCCGAACAAUUUGCGACGGAAAACGAUAUAUCUCUAUUUCAUACGUCGGCGGUUACUGAAAAAAAUAUACAAGCAAUGUUUAAUCAAUUAGUGUUAUGUAUACUGGCUAGUCGUUCUUUGUUAGACCAAUUAAAGAAAAAUGGUAGCAAUACAACUAUUGACCGUCAGAAUCGAAGAGGAUCAAUUCAGCUGAGACCUCCUGUUAAAAAACCAAAGAAGGAAACUGGGUGUUGUUAG